GGUGAUGUCCCAAGGCAAGGGCAUAAGAUCAUUCAGAUGGCAGAUAACAGUUUUUCAGAUGGGGUUCCUUCAGAGUCCGCGGAAGCUGCUAAAAAUGCAAGUAAUACAGAAAAGCUCGCAGAUCAGGUAAUGCAGAACCCUCAAGUGUUGGCGGCUUUACAGGAGCGACUCGACGAUGUCUCUCACACGCCUUCCAGCUACAUCGAAACUUUACCUAAAGCCGUGAAAAGAAGAAUUAAUGCAUUGAAGCAACUUCAAGUGAGAUGUGCCCAUAUAGAAGCCAAGUUCUAUGAAGAAGUUCACGACUUGGAAAGAAAGUAUGCAGCGUUAUACCAGCCUCUCUUCGACAAGAGAAGAGAAUUUGUCACUGGGGACGUGGAGCCGACGGAUGCAGAAUCAGAGUGGCACAGCGAGGGCGAAGAGGAGGAGAAGCUGGCUGGAGACGUGAAAGAUAAAGCAGUUAUAGCAGAAGAAGCAGCAGCUGCUGCCGAAGAACCCAGCCCCAGAGGAAUCCCAGAGUUCUGGUUUACCAUCUUUAGAAAUGUGGACAUGCUGAGUGAGUUAGUCCAGGAAUAUGAUGAACCGAUCUUGAAACACCUGCAGGAUAUUAAAGUGAAGUUUUCCGACCCUGGACAGCCUAUGUCUUUUGUGUUAGAGUUCCACUUUGAGCCCAAUGACUACUUCACCAACUCCGUCCUGACCAAAACCUACAAGAUGAAGUCGGAGCCAGACAAGGCGGAUCCCUUCUCCUUCGAAGGCCCCGAGAUCGUUGACUGUGAUGGGUGCGCUGUCGAUUGGAAGAAAGGCAAGAAUGUUACUGUCAAAACCAUCAAGAAAAAGCAGAAGCACAGGGGUCGCGGCACGGUGAGAACCGUCACCAAGCAGGUGCCCAACGAGUCGUUCUUCAACUUCUUCAGCCCUCUGAAAGCAUCUGGGGAUGGAGAAACACUGGACGAAGAUUCCGAGUUCACCUUAGCCUCUGACUUUGAGAUCGGACACUUUUUCCGUGAGCGGAUAGUCCCGCGGGCUGUGCUGUACUUCACUGGGGAGGCCAUAGAGGACGACGACAAUUUUGAAGAAGGCGAAGAAGGAGAAGAGGAGGAAUUAGAAGGCGAUGAGGAGGGUGAAGAGGAGGAGGAUGCGGAAAUUAACCCCAAGAAAGAACCCAGCCAGCCGGCGGAGUGCAAGCAGCAGUGAGACGCGUGUGGCCUGCGGGGUGGUCGCCCCGUGGCCUGGCUGCCGGGACCCUGGGCCUGCAGGUGGGGG